AUGGCGCCCGUAGUAAUGUGGAUCGGACUCGGAAGUCUAGGAAAGGCAGCUUGCGAACGCCUCGUCUCCCACGGCUGCCUCGACUCGCCUCUGAUACUCUACAACCGCACCACCCAAAAGUGCCACGACCUUGCCUCAUCACUUCCUCCGGGGACUACCAAGAUAGUUUUAUCCCUCAAAGAAGGCAUAUCCAAAGCAGAUAUAAUCUUCUCGUGCCUCACCAACGACGCCGUAGUCGAAUCAACCUACCAAUCCAUCAUCUCCGACCUGGCCACAGCAGACAACCCAGACGGUCUCCAGGGCAAGCUCUUCAUCGGCACGGAAACAGUUCACCCCGACACGGCAGACACCCUCGCAGACCGCCUGGCAGGCCACGGCGCAGACUUCCUCGCCUGCCCGGUCCUAGGCCCCCCGGCAGCCGCAGCAGCAGGCCAGCUCAUCGCGUUCCCCGCGGGGCCCGCCGCCGCGCUCUCCCGGGCAGCGCCGUACAUCACAGGCAACGGCGGCGGCUGCGGCGCCCUCGCCCGCGCCGCCAUCGCCUUUCCGGACCAGCCGUGCGGCACGGGACCGCGCAUGAAGAUCAUCGCCAACACCUUCACCCUCAGCGCGGCGUGCCAGCUGGCGGAGGCCUUCACGCUGGCCGAGAAGUCCGGGGUCGGCGCGGCGGCGGUGGGCGAGUUCGUCGAGCUAUGUCUCGUGGGGGGCCCGGCGGGGACGAACCCCUUCCACGUGUACGCCGGGAGGAUGCUGCGCGGGGACUACUGGAGGGAGGGGGAGGAGCGGCCUGCCGGGGCCGUGGCGCUGGGGGUUAAGGACUUGGGCCUUGCUGUGAGGCUCGCUGAGGAGGCGGGGGCGACGGUGCGGAAUCCGUUUGUGGCUUUGGGUUGGUGCAGGGACGUUCUGGAGGGGGAUGGAUGUGGGAGAGGGGAGCUGAGGGGUGAUAUCUCUGGGAUUUAUGGUGCGGUGAGGGAGACGGCUGGUUUAAGGUUUGAGAACGAUGGAUAA